CCACGGUCACACUAGGUCUGAUCUUGGAUUUAUUUUGGUGUGAAAAUUCCGGAGCAUAAAAACAGAAGUAUAUGCAAAACCCCUAAGAAGAGCCGGGAAUUCCGAGUUAGCCACCUGUUGAACAUUAGUCAAUCGCCGCAUAAUGGACAAGUUGCGCCGCGUUCUGAGUGGAGAUGAGCCCACUCCGGAGGAGGAGAGCAGUAUCAUUACACAGAUCAACGACAUGUCCACUUUGAGCUGGUCCACUCGGAUCAAGGGAUUCAUCAUCUGCUUCGCCCUGGGCAUCUUACUUUCCAUACUCGGCUCGGUCGCCCUAUUUCUGCACAGAGGCAUUGUGGUCUUUGCGGUCUUCUACACCCUAGGAAACGUCAUCUCGAUGGCCAGUACCUGCUUCCUCAUGGGUCCCUUCAAGCAGAUCAAGAAAAUGUUCGCGGAAACCCGGCUGAUCGCCACCAUCAUCGUGCUCGUCAUGAUGGUCCUGACGUUCAUUGCUGCUAUCGUGUGGAAAAAGGCGGGACUCACGCUUAUAUUCAUAAUCAUACAAUCUCUGGCCAUGACCUGGUACUCGCUGUCGUACAUCCCCUACGCCCGCGAUGCGGUCAAGAAGACCAUGUCGGCAAUUCUGGAGGUCUAGAAUCAGAUGCGCUUCUGUACAUAACUCGAGAAAAGCCAGAUUGGUUUGUAGCUUAAGCUAAGACAAUUAAAUCGCUUGUAUUGUAUUAACCUAGCACUAGAACACAGAAUGUCCUUUAUAUUCUCUUAUUAACAAGUAAUUCCAUUUUGUCUUUUUAAUAAAUAUAUAUAUAUAUAUCUUUUAUACAUAUAUAUAUAUUUACAUGUUAUGUAUUU